GAGUAACUGUCCUGCUGAUGAACUAAUUUUUUCAAAUUUGUUUUUGCUCUCUGGACACAGGAGACCUGCUGUCUCUACCAUGCAUUCUUUCAAAAUCUCCCCUUCGGAGAAAGGUUUGUUAGCCUUUGCUAUUUUGAAUGCUAGCAAAUAACUUACCUUGGUGCUUGACUCUUGAAUCCUAGUUUGCAGAAAAAAACGUAUUUUGCCCAGUGUGUAAACUGGCUGCCAGCCUCUGACCGUAGCUGUCCGUUCUUGCGCUGACUGGUUGCUAGCGUAGUUAGCAUGCUUCGUGGGAAAGUGCCGGCUGAUAUUGUAUUCUUUAAAAACCGCAACAUUUUCAUUGCAAAUAAGACAUACAGCCUUUGAAGGGACUUAAGCGAAAAAAUAUUUAGUAGUCCACUCCUUCUGAAACACUCGACACUCACUGUCGAUUUUUCUUUUGUUUGAUCCACUCAUUGUUACGGCCUUACGGCAGGGCUCAAAGUAGAAGAAGAGAAAAAAACCAACAAAGGUCACUUGUGUCUGGAGCGCGCCAUCUAGUGGGGUCAACAGAAACGUCGGGUACAGGGGAAGGCCAGAUGAAUGUGGUCUUUAUUGUAAUUUCGUCAAUUCUAAUAUUGACAAAAUUAUUUCGUGGGCCGGAUUGAAAAGCCCAACAGGCCGUAUGUGGCCCGGAGGCCUUAGUUUUCCCAUGCCUGUUCUAGAGUAAUUUCUGUUAUCUGUUAAUCUCCAUGUAGAUUGUGAUCGCCUCCUCUUUUUCUUUUUGUAAAUUGUUGUAGCGCUGAAACAAAUCAAUCAACAGAGAGUUAAUCUGCAGCUAAUGUGAUAAUGGAUUGAAGUCGAUAUUCAAGCACAAAUAGCAAGCGUUCACUUGUUUGUGCGGCUAAACUCUGAGGAUUUUCUGUUUUUCUUUGGCUUAUGUGAUAGUAACGGGCUGUCUUUCGGUUUUUGACAGCUUAGCAGACAACUGUGAGGAGAAAUGGUGAUUUCUGAUUGUUAUUUCUGCUUCUUUCAAGCUCUGUCUCUUGUGAUUCCACCAACUUUGCCCAAAGUGGAAACUAAUACUAUUUUACUGUACAGACCCCAUGACUACAAAUAUUUCUACCCUGCAGACAGACUGGAGUUUUUGUUUUUAGUCCGCUCCCAGUUGGUCACUUGAUAUUUUUAACAUUUCUAGCUCAACCCACUUUCUUUGGUGUCCGAGAUGGAUUCCCCCCCUCUGCGUUUCUGUCUCCUCCAGCACCACUCCUCACCCCCCCUCACCCGUGCAGUGUGCUAGACUGAGUUCAGCCCCUUCGGCUGGAGGCUCGGGUUUAUCUGGGACCAAAGAGAAAACCAUUUAGGAGCUGUGCGCCGUGAGGUGAAGGAAGGCUCCGUGGCGGACGCUGGGGGGGAGCGAGAGAGGACCAGGGAACCGGGGAUUUGACCUUUAUACGAAUAAACUCGGGUGUGUGAGGGCGAGCGGGGAGCUAUGGCGGUGUUCUCUGCUCUUUGGGUGCUCUUACUGUGCCAGCUUUUGACACCAUCCUCAGCCCAGAGGGCAGGCCCCAGAGGAGCUCCAGGGCCACCAGGACCUGUAGGGGAACCAGGAAGGGAUGGCACCGAUGGCAAACCAGGACCUGCUGGACUGCCGGGGAAAGCAGGUCCCAAAGGGAAAGCAGGAAUUCCAGGAUCACCAGGACAACCAGGUCUGCCAGGACUUCCAGGGGUUGAUGGUUUGACAGGUCCUGAUGGUCCUGCAGGCAAAGACGGACCCGCAGGAGAUGCAGGUGAAGUUGGACCUCCUGGGCCACCUGGACCUCCUGGCAGAGGGAGACCAGGAGCUGCAGGACUUCCUGGAACCAACGGGUUGCCAGGCGGAGUCGGACCCCAGGGUCCAGCGGGUGCUGAGGGUCUUCCAGGACUUCCUGGACCUCCAGGCCCUGAUGGACUCCCAGGUCUUCCUGGUACUCUUCAUGAUCUUAAUGGUGACCUUCUGUGCCCUGCAAUCUGCCCCCCUGGUCUCUCUGGUCCUCCCGGGAUGCCAGGAUUCAAGGGCCACACCGGGCACAAAGGAGACAAAGGAGAGCCUGGAAAAGAUGGAGAGAGAGGUGAUGCUGGUCCACCAGGUCCACCAGGUAUUUCUGGCACUGUGGGUCUGCAGGGCCCACGUGGUUUGAGAGGCCUACAAGGGCCAAUGGGAGCUGUAGGCGAUAGAGGCCUCCCGGGCUUCAGAGGCAAGCCUGGCAUUGCUGGCAUCAUUGGAAAGACAGGUGAUGCUGGAGAAAAAGGACCACAGGGAUUCAGAGGACCCAAAGGAGAAAUUGGUAAAAUUGGUCCCAAAGGAGCUCCUGGAGGAGCAGGACCCAAAGGAGAGCCUGGUAUUCCUGGCAGAGAUGGGAAAGAUGGUACACCAGGGCUGGAUGGCGAGAAGGGUGAUGCUGGACGCCAUGGGGUAGUUGGAGAGAAAGGACCGAACGGGCUCCCUGGUCUUCAAGGAAAGGCUGGUGCAAAGGGAUCUAAAGGAGAAGUUGGUGAUCCAGGGAAAGCUGGGGAGACAGGACCCUCUGGAGAGCCAGGUAUUCCUGGUGAGAUCGGGAUCCCAGGUGAGAGGGGAAUCGCAGGCCCCAGAGGAGUGGCUGGAGGUAUUGGACCAGCGGGAAACCCUGGGCCUCAGGGAGUGAAAGGCUUCCAGGGAGUCAAAGGUGCUUUGGGGGAUCCAGGUCUUCCAGGACCAACAGGAAUCCGAGGAGAGUUUGGUGACAGGGGUCCAGUCGGAGCUUAUGGAGCUAAAGGAGACAUGGGUGUGGCAGGAAGUGAUGGUUUACCAGGAGAGAACGGAGAACCUGGUCCUUUUGGGCCAGUUGGACAAAAAGGAGAGUCUGGGAAGCGGGGUGAGCUGGGACCUAAAGGCGUGGCAGGUCCUCAAGGAGAGCUCGGUGCAAGAGGCCCUCCAGGAAAACAAGGACUAAUCGGCUUUCAAGGGGAACAGGGUCUGCCUGGAAUUGCAGGAAAGACAGGCAUACCUGGUAAACUGGCAAGUGAGCAGCACAUAAGAGAGCUGUGUGGCUCAAUGAUCGAUGAUCAGAUUGCACAGCUGGCCGCUAACCUGCGAAGACCGCUGGCACCAGGAAUGGUGGGCCGCCCCGGACCUGCUGGGCCUGCAGGAAGCCCAGGAGUAGCUGGCUCUAUUGGGCAUCCAGGUGCACGUGGACCACCCGGGUACAGAGGUCUGCCAGGAGAACUUGGAGAUCCUGGUCCCAGAGGUGAUGUUGGUGAAGCAGGUGAUAAGGGAUCUACUGGCAAAGCCAUUGAUGGGCCAACUGGAGACCAAGGAUACCAAGGUCUUCCUGGAGUACCUGGAAUUGUCAAAGAUGGUCGUGAUGGAUCUCCAGGAGAUCCAGGUGAGCCUGGAGAGCCAGGCAGGGUAGGUAGGACUGGGCACCAGGGACCACCUGGAAUCUGUGACACAUCAGCCUGCCAGGGAGCAUCAGUUGCCGGGAAAACCUCCAACCCUAAAAACCAUUAAACAUGACUUCCUGCGACCUGAAGCCAUCCGCUCUAAGGAGGAAGGGUAAUAAGUGAGGAAGAAAGGAAUAAAAGAAGAAAGUGAUCACAAAAAGUCCUCUUUAUUUAAAUAGAUGUACCACAAGAUGGGAAGAGUAACAUCUGCAGGUGUGAUAUUUUGAGAGGAACACAGGAACAUCCCAGGAGUGACAAGAACAUCAGAGCAACUGAGAGACCAAAAAAAUCAAGAUGACAUCCAGAAAUAAAGCGAACAGAGGCACGGAAAAGUGCAAGAGAACAUCUGCAAUGAUCCAAGUACUAUCACAUAACAAGACUUGACUUACAAACAACUGGAAAAUGAAUGAUGAGUCCUUUGUGUAUAAAAACUUUGUACAUGUUGCUUCCAUGCCCCCAAUUACUUUGGUUGACAUCCUUCUGACAGAGAACACUAAAAACAACAGAGGUUGAAUGUGCAUUUAUCAUGGCCCAUUAUGUAAAUCACAGAUGUUACCUCAGCAUUCAAGCAAACAGUGUAAAAUAUGGAAAUAGGUGCAGGAGGCAAAGAGCCUCUGUGGAGGAGCUGUGUAUGUACUGUAAAAGGAAUAAAAAACAAACACCCAGGUGCCCAGAAAUUGUGUAGAUUAAUGGGGAAAAAAACUUUUGAUAGUAGUUUUUUUAAACUUGUUUUUUUCUCCUUUUGUUGUUGUUUUUUUAUUACAUGCAAAGUUGAUUCUCCAAAUUUGAGAAUCAAAACCAAAAUAAACUUGUGGAUGCAUGAAUCACAUAUUGUAAAAUACAGAAAGUUUAAGACUCUUUUAAAAAAAGUAUUGUUUUCCAAUCUGCAAUGACCACAUCCACUAUGUACUACCGGUGCUGUAACUAUUAAAUAUACAUGACGUUAAAUACUAUUUAUUAUUUGUGGGUGACUGUUGUAUGUACAGUAAGAUGCUACAGCGACAUGUUGUAAGAAAGAACAAAUAAAGCCACUUUUCAGUAAAACAUUA